CACUAGCCUCUCGCUCCAAAGCGACUUGCCCGAAAGCACAUCCUCUUGCUUUCAAGUUCUCCCAUCAAGUUCCUAUCGAACGACAGUUCGUGCCACGUGUUCCGAGUUCCGACAGUUCGGAAGAAACCGGUUCAGUGUACCGUGGUGCGAGAAGGAGAACACUCAGAGAAAGAGAGAGAGAGACAGAGAGGGAUAGAGAGAAAGAGAGAAAGAGAGAGAAGAAAGAUGGCCACCAUCACGAGCGAGCAAUCGCUGUUCGACCUCGAGCUCAACGACGUGUUCGAAAACGAGCUCAACGAUAAUCUCUACAAUCUGAAGAUGUCAGAAGAUAAGACAGUGAGCAGCCGCAAGAGCAGACGCAUGCUGAAGCCGCUGAAACCGUUGCUGCGAAUGCUGAAGAAGCGCACUAGCAGUUACGUCAAGAGCAAGAAGCGUCAGGAGGCCGUACCUCAGGUGGAGAUCUUCACUGAGGAGAUCGAGAACCAGAACAACGCCAACGAGACGCUGGAGCGUAGACUCCUGCAGGAGCUGCGGGACGCCGAGGAGGGAGCCGCCAUCACCGUCUGCCUGGACGGACAGAUGACUGUCGUGCCGGUUGUGCCUGGUCAGUGCUACGUGCCAGUGCAUUUCGCCCACACCCACGCCGGCGACUUCUACUGGACAACUCUCAGCAUGGCCGACAGGGACCUGUGCUACAAGGAGCGCGCCUUCUCGCAGUACCAGCUUCCCGAGGUGCAAGUGGCGUGAGGUGUCGUCUUCGAAAACGACAUCAUCUACCUCAAAGACGAGUCAGCUGAUCGUUCGAGAUUCGCCGAACUUCCUCCUGCGGAAGCGUCCUCGAGGUCGAGGACCGACGCUGUCAAUCGAGUCGUGAGGCGACAGCUGAGACAGACAUUUCGAAACUGUGAUCGUUAGAUUAUAUUAUAUAAAUUAUAGCUCAUUGACAAUUGACUGAUCGAGAGGAGCAUUCCUUGUAGAUGAAAAUUAAUAUGUCAAAGAGAAAGAGAGAGAGGAGUUAUAUUUUUUUUUCUUUUUUAUUUUGCGGCGACACUUGUCGCGUUUGUGAUAUUUGUACCUAUAUUAUAUGUAUGUAUACAAAUUUAUAGAGAGUGUUAUUUCGAGAUUGUGAUAUCGGCUUUAAUGUCAGCAAGUAUCGCUGACACAUUCCUAUUUGUCUUCCAAUAUGUUUGUUUGAAAUAAAUGUUAAUCAUAAGCAAAUA